AUGGCGGUGGUUUUACUUCACAUUUUGGAAGCACAUGAGUUCCAACACCUCUCUCUCUCUCUCUCACGUGGAGAAGCCUGUGACGCUUCACGUCACAUCCUUGGUCCUUCUCCAAUCUCCAUGGACAAACUCCAAUGGCUGUGCUUGCCAUGCCUCCUGGUCUUUGCCCCCUUCUUCCUCUUUGGGAGUACGUCGGCUGCCCACCACCACCAGCGAGACGUCCUCCACCCGGUGGUGCUGCUGCCAGGCUUCUCCUGCGGCCAGAUCGAGGCCCGCCUCACCGACGCCUACGACUCGCCGUCGCCGCUCUGCGGCCUGCGCAAGGGGGACGGCCGGUGGUUCCGGCUGUGGAAGAACAGCACGGGCCUGCAAGACCUCCCCAACAUGGCCUGCUUCGCCGACCAGCUCCGCCUGGUUUAUGACCCCACGGCCGGCGACUACCGCAAUGUGCCCGGCGUCGUGACCCGUGUCCUCUCGUUCGGCUCCGCCCGCGGCUUCCUCUCCGACGACCCUGCCGACAAGGAGAACUGCAUGGGAAGGUUCGUGGAGGCGUUGGAGCGAGUCGGAUACAGCGACGGCGAGAGCCUCUUUGGCGCUCCGUACGACCUCCGGCACGCGCCUGCCGCGCCGGAGCUGCCCAACAGGGAGUUCUCCAUGUUCCGCCGGAGUCUGACGGCGCUCGUGGAGCACGCGAGCAGGAGGAACGGGGGCAAGCCGGUCAUCCUCGUGUCGCACAGCCAGGGCGGCCUGCUCGCGCUCGAGUUCCUCAACCGGAGCCCCCUGGCGUGGCGCCGGAGGCUCGUCAAGCACUUCGUCAUGGCCUCCAGGGGCGCCGGCGGGAUCGUGGUCACCAUGAAGGGCCUCGCCGCCAGCGACGGCGGCGGCGUCCUGUCGAUGCGGCGCGUCAAGAGGAGCUUCGAGUCCGCGUUCGUCGGGCUGCCGUCGCCCGCGGUCUUCGGCGGCGAGACGCCCCUGGUCGUGACGCGGGACAGGAACUACACCGCGCGCGACAUGCCGGAGUUCCUGUCGGCGGCCGGGCUGCCGGCGCCCGCCGUGAAACUAUGAAAAUACCAAAUAUAUAAAUAUGAAACUAUGUCUUAUGAAUUAUGAUAAAUGUAAUGAUAUAUAUUUGGCAUUCUAGAAGUAAAAAAAUUUCUCGGCAAACGUCAAAAUUUGUGAGGUUUGACUUUACAAAA